AUGGCAGUGAAGGUUGCAGAAUGGCGCAAACUGCCCCUGAGUCUCGCGGAGCUUUGCAUUGACACAACUCUCCGCUGCGGUCAAUCAUUUCGCUGGCGAAAAAUUGACGGAGAAUGGCAUUGUGUCCUUGGAGGCCGCAUCAUCUCCCUGAAGCAAGACACAUCACAUCUACAUUAUCGUGUGACCUGGCCCAAGACAGGCCCCAAGCCCACAAUCACGUCGGCCCCAUCACUCACUCACGGCAUCACCUCACCGGAAGAUGACACCGAGUCCCUCCUACGCAGUUACUUCGCUCUCUCGGUCCCUCUCUCCUCACUCUACAAACAGUGGGCGGCAUCCGACGCCAACUUUGCCCGCCGCGCCCCGUCAUUCACAGGCAUUCGCAUCCUAAACCAAGAUGCCUGGGAGACGCUCAUCUCCUUCAUCUGCAGCAGCAACAACCACAUCUCACGCAUCAGCUCCAUGGUACAGAAGCUCUGCACCCACUACGGUCCUUACAUCGGCACCAUCUCCGGCGAGCCGUUCCACGACUUUCCAGACGCCAAAGCCCUCUCAGGGGUCCAGGUACAAACCCACCUCCGGGAGCUUGGUUUCGGCUAUCGCGCAAAGUACAUCGUCGAGACAGCAGACAUUGUCGCAAAUCACAAACCGCCCGGGUGGCUCAACGAUCUUCGCAAUCCCGCCGUCCCGGCCUUCGACCAAGUGCCCUCUCCCUCCACCAAUGCCACAGCUGAACCACCCAUAACCACCACACCCAAACCCGAUGAUUCCAACCCACUAGUAGGAGACGCCAACCCCCCAGGCCCAGAAUCACCCACCUACCGCGCCGCCCACGAAGCCCUCGUCACCCUCACGGGAGUCGGCCCCAAAGUCUCAGACUGCGUUUGUCUGAUGGGCCUAGGAUGGGGCGAGUCCGUGCCAGUUGACACACACGUGUGGCAGAUCGCGCAGCGCGAUUACAAGUUUGGCGGUGGCGGUGGCGGUGGUAAAGGGAAAACGAAGACGCUCAGCAAAACCAUGUAUGACGCCGUGGGGGAUCAUUUCCGCGCGAUCUGGGGCCCUUAUGCUGGGUGGGCGCAGAGCGUGUUGUUUACGGCGAAUUUGAAGAGUUUUGCGGAGCAGGCUGAGGCUGGGAAGAAGAAAAAGACGACGAAAGGUGAGGAGGCGGAGGGGAUUGUCAAGUUGGAAGAUGGAGUUCUGGAGGAAGAGGUUGAGGGUGAGAGGGUGACGGCCGCGGUUGCUGUGGUAAAGAAUGAGCAGUUGGAGGUGAACGAAGGCGUUAAGAAGGAGGAGGUAACCGUGUCUGUGGUAGAAAAGACAAGCAAGAGGGCGGUGAGGAAGAGGAAGUCUGUAGCUGUUGAGACCCAAGAGACUAGUAGGGGCAAGAAACGGGUCAAGACGGUGGAAGUUGAGGUCACUGCUCGCAGGACGAGUCAAAGGAUAAGGGCCACACGGAAAUAA